CCCCAGUACCACCUCCCAGUGAGCGCUCCCAGCUGUCCCCCAGUACCACAUGCUGUCUGGCUGCUACUGGGGGUUCAACAAUAGCUCAGUCCGACUGCCCCAGAGACCACAGCCGAGCAGGGUAGAGCACAGAUAAGCAGAGAGAGACCAUGUUGGGAUAGGAUCUACUCUGUUACAAGAUUCCUCUGAGACCCAGAGUAGAGCAGAACAGAGUAGAACAGACUAGAGAAGAGUAGAGAAGAGAAGAGUAGAGCAGAACAGAGUAGAACAGAGAAGAGAAGAGUAGAAAAGAGCAGAACAGAGUAGAACAGACUAGAGAAGAGUAGAAAAGAGAAGAGCAGAGUAGAACAGACUAGAGCAGAGUAAAACAGAGCAGAGCAGAGUAGAACAGACUAGAGAAGAGUAGAGCAGAGCAGAAUAGAACAGACUAGAGAAGAGUAGAGAAGAGCAGAGCAGAGUAGAACAGAGAAGAGAAGAGUAGAGCAGAGCAGAGUAGAACAGAGAAGAGAACAGAGCAGGUCAGAGGACUCUGAAAGUUUAGCCAACUGCCGUUUGGUUGACAACACAACCCAGGUUAUAAAGAUAGAAACAGUCAUAGAGAAUAUAAACCGUCAUAUUACUUAACAGAUGUUUUAUUUGAAGGUACACACUCUUCUUGUUGGGAUUCUGGUUGUUUUAGCAGGUUCAGCCAGGUGUUCAGAAGAUGAGACACGUCUGGUUAAAACCCUGUUCACCGGCUAUAACAAGGUGGUCCGGCCUGUCAAUCACUUCAGAGAUCCGGUGGUGGUGACCGUAGGCUUGCAGCUCAUCCAGCUCAUUAGUGUGGAUGAAGUCAAUCAAAUUGUGACCAGUAAUGUGCGGCUGAAACAGAUAUGGGAGGACGUGAAUCUGAAGUGGAACCCUGAUGAUUAUAGUGGAAUUAAGAAGAUCAGAAUCCCUUCCACAGACAUCUGGCGUCCUGACCUCGUGCUCUAUAACAAUGCAGAUGGAGACUUUGCAAUCGUCCAUGAGACCAAGGUGCUGCUGGAGCACACAGGUCUGAUAACCUGGAACCCUCCGGCCAUCUUUAAGAGCUACUGUGAGAUCAUUGUGCUUCACUUCCCCUUCGACCUGCAGAACUGCAGUAUGAAGCUGGGGACAUGGACCUACGACGGCAACCUGGUAGUGGUCAACCCGGACAACGACCGGCCUGACCUGAGUAACUUCAUGGAGAGUGGUGAGUGGGUGAUGCAGGACUAUAGGAGCUGGAAGCACUGGGUGUACUAUGCCUGCUGCCCUGACACGCCCUACCUGGACAUCACCUACCACUUCCUGAUGCUGAGGCUGCCUCUCUACUUUAUCGUCAACGUCAUCAUCCCCUGCAUGCUGUUCUCCUUCCUGACUGGACUGGUCUUCUACCUCCCCACUGACUCUGGUGAGAAGAUGACUCUGUCUAUCUCUGUCCUGCUGUCUCUCACUGUGUUUCUGCUGGUCAUCGUGGAGCUCAUCCCCUCCACCUCCAGUGCGGUGCCUCUCAUUGGAAAGUACAUGCUCUUCACCAUGGUCUUCGUCAUAGCCUCCAUCGUCAUCACCGUCAUCGUCAUCAACACACACCACCGCUCUCCCAGUACACACACAAUGCCCCAGUGGGUCCGCAAGAUUUUCAUCGACACCAUCCCCAAUUUCAUGUUCUUCUCGACUAUGAACCGUCCAUCCAGGGACAGGCAGGAGAAGAGGAUCCACCCGGCUGACUUUGACAUCUCCGACAUCUCGGGCAAGCCUGCCCCUGCCUCUGUCACCUUCCAGUCCCCCAUCACCAAGAACCCGGACGUCCGCAGCGCCAUCGAGGGGGUCAAGUACAUCGCAGAGACCAUGAAGUCUGAUGAAGAGUCCAACAAUGCUGCUGAGGAGUGGAAGUUUGUAGCCAUGGUCCUGGAUCACAUCUUGCUGUGUGUGUUCAUGGCUGUGUGUAUCAUCGGCACCAUGGGAGUGUUCGCUGGACGUCUCAUUGAGCUGAGCAUGCAGGGCUAAAGGAGAGACCUAGCUGUAGUCAUCCUGGUCUGGCCCCUGGUUCUCCUGCUCGCUCUGACACCUGUCUGCUGUGCCUCUACCCCGAGUCAUCUGGAAAUGACAAUCAAUUGAUUGAUUGGUUGGUUGGAUCGUUGAUUGAAUGUAAUUGGUCCAGUGAGGUGUUGUUAUUGUCAGCUUCUUUUCUGCAUGGAGAUUACAGUUGAAAAUAUGGACAUUCAUGGCACUCAGUGUUGAUAAGGUGUCCUGCUGUCAGCUGUCUGUGGCUUGAUGGAUUGUGUUUAACGAACGAUGGUUAACCUACCUAACGAGGUGAUUUCUUUAUUUCUAACCAUCGUUCCUCAUGUGGAAUGAAGGAUGCAGAGUAUAUUGGUUUAACAAACUCUGCAUAAUGGCUCUGAUUGUGAGCUCUCUGGAACUCUUAUGGCACUGUGGAUGAGGGAGGUCACAUUAUGGCACUGUGGAUGAGGGAGGUCACAUUAUGGCACUGUGGAUGAGGGAGAUCACAUUAUGGCACUGUGGAUGAGGGAGGUCACAUUAUGGCACUGUGGAUGAGGGAGUCACAUUAUGGCACUGUGGAUGAGCGAGGUCACAUUAUGGCACUGUGGAUGAGGGAGGUCACAUUAUGGCACUGUGGAUGAGGGAGGUCACAUUAUGGCACUGUGGAUGAGGGAGAUCACAUUAUGGCACUGUGGAUGAGGGAGGUCACAUUAUGGCACUGUGGAUGAGGGAGUCACAUUAUGGCACUGUGGAUGAGCGAGGUCACAUUAUGGCACUGUGGAUGAGGGAGGUCACAUUAUGGCACUGUGGAUGAGGGAGGUCACAUUAUGGCACUGUGGAUGAGUGAGGUCACAUUAUGGCACUGUGGAUGAGGGAGGUCACAUUAUGGCACUGUGGAUGAGGGAGGUCACAUUAUGGCACUGUGGAUGAGGGAGGUCACAUUAUGGCACUGUGGAUGAGGGAUAACACAUUAUGGCACUGUGGAUGAGGGAGGUCACAAGCAGCUGGUACUGCAUCUCACUGCUGUUGCAUGAUCAUUAUUGACGAUCAGAAGAUCAGUUUGAAUGAGUUUCUCAAUGUUGAUUUAGAAGUGGUCCAUUCUUGUGGAUGGGCUGUGGCUUAUUCAAUAAAGAUGACAGUGCAGGGGCUGCUGGGAAACUACAUGAUGUUUUAUCUUGUCCGAUGUCAGGGUUUUUUCUCCUCCUUCUGCCAAAUGUCAUCAUGGUUCUAUUUUUAGAUUUGGUUAGAUGUGGAAAGAAUUGGGUGAAUAAAAAUAACAUCUACUUCCAGAUAA